UAUUUCCAAUCUGGAUCUAAUUUCGAUCUCAGUCCAAUAUUUGCAUCGCUGAGCAAGCUUAGGCAGGGGCCGCAGGGCAGUAAUAUAGUAUAUUUCAGCUUCCAAUGUCUCAUCCCAAAUUCUCCAACAUCAUAGCACAGAAAACGCAGUAAAAAAGCCAAACAACGCUUGUGAUAUACAACCCUCAUCUGAUCAUGACCGCCUUCUUCGAGCGCUACGUAUGGAGAAAGCCUUUCUGCUAUUUUUGAACGACCUGUGUAUUAUAAGAACACCAUCACCCACUGCUCCAUUUGUGAUUCUAUGAUUCAAGGCAGAGGUGCGCUAGCUGUAUCACUUUAUCUUUGGACAGGUUUAUCUACGGCAGCGGUGUACAUACAGGUACGUUUCCCACUGCCAAUAAAACACAGCUUGUCAUACCAGUUUCCGUCGCGCAUCUCUUGCCUACCUAGAGUCAAACCAAAGUCCUCUCGGUGGAUCGUGACUCAUCAUUAUGAUUCCUCCAGUCAUCCAUGAAGGUCUUAAAGCACAACUCACUGAUGCUCCUGAGACUCUCCGUCAAGUCUCAGAUCAUAGUUGGGCCUUUGUUGGAAUUAUUGGAGGAGCCGCUCUUGUAGUUUGGGUUUUUUGGCUAUCGGUCAUCCGCACAUGCAAACUCAAAACAAACAUCACAUCCUCUGAAUCUGCCCCCCUCCUAAAUCCAGAUCAACCACCAACCCAUAGUCAGAGGGAUCACACUGUCACGUCCACGCUCCUAUGUCCCGUCUGUGCAAAUCUAGAUUUUCACAAGAUCUUCCUCGAUGGUAUCCCACCAAAGGAGGAGAUCCCGCUUGGUUCGCUCUCGUCCAUCUUGGAGAAAUCCUACCAAUGCAGUUUCUGCCGCCUCAUAUCCUUUCAUGUCCGUCGAACAUGGAAGUUGGAUGAGGUUUCUCAAGUCGAUCUCUCGGGGCUUGGGCUUGGGGUAUACUCGAAGAAUUGUGGGUGUAUUCGGAAGCCCUUUUAUCAGCCUGAAUUCCGUUGCUACCGCUUGCAUGUCAUCAAGACGAAGGACGCAGGAGGCCUUUGGAAGAAACAUCUAGCUUUAGGAGAAGGAAGUCCGUUAAUCAUUCACCUCUUGCAAGAAGAUGCUUUCAAAUUCGGGAGACCAGUCGAUCUUCAUGGCCGUAGGGUAAAGAACACCGUAGAUAUUGGUCUGGUGCGGAAGUGGAUUAGCCUGUGCCGGGAGAACCAUGGAGAUAAAUGCGGAAACGUUUGGAAAACGCACAGGAAGCUGCCGGGGUUUGUGAGGGUGGUGGACGUAGUUUCGAUGGCCGUGGUUCCUGUGCCUUCUGGCUGUUGUUAUCUCACCCUCAGUUAUGUUUGGGGAAGCAUCGGCGCAGAAUAUUGGACGACGAAGGGUAACAUAGCGGAACGCUCCACGCCUGGCGGAUUGAACGCGUUGAAUCUACCCGAGACCAUCACUGAUUCGAUUCUAUUCGUUAGACAACUCGGUGAACGUUACUUAUGGAUCGAUGCUCUAUGUAUCAUUCAAGAUGAUUUGCUUGACAAGUCCAUUCAGCUACGUGCUAUGGAUUUGGUCUACGGCCUGUCUCACCUCACGAUAGUCGCUGCUGGCGCCAUGACGGCUCGAGACCCUCUCCCAGGAUGCCGCCCACGAUCUAGAACACUGCAACAGCAGAUCGAGGUCGUUCAAGGACUUCAUCUCUACGUCGCUCCUCCAAGACUUGGGGAGGCUCUCGCUCAAUCCACGUGGAAUACGCGUUGUUGGACCUAUCAAGAGAGCGCGCUCUCCUGCCGAAGGAUAUACUUCACUGGGCCACAAGUCUAUUUUGAGUGCAAAUGUGACAUUUUCUGUGAAGACAUCGUCGCCGAAAGCAAGUGUCUCCCACUCUCCCACAGCUUCCUCCAGUCGUCAUUUGGAGAACAUUUCCCCUACCUUCAGUCAGUUUCGAGUUACAUGGAGGCUGUUGAUAGGUAUACACGACGCAAUCUCACCGUGGAAUCGGAUGUCGUUGAUGCUUUUACUGGAGUGACGAACGCUUUAGCGAUGGCAUUUGAGCUCGGUGACCCAGACAGAACCUUUCAAUAUGGAAUGAUGUUGCUAGACAUGCAUGUCGCACUUCUCUGGCAGCACGAUCCACAAACACCUCGCGCCCGUCGUUUGCUCCCUGACGGAGGCAGUUCGCCUUGGCCCUCUUGGGCAUGGGCUGCGUGGCGUGGCGGUGUUAUCUACAGGGGGGUGGAGGUGUAUCUGAGGACUCGGAUGGGCAAUUUGAGCAGUGCACCAUCAGUGGGUGAGACGCUUGUUGAUCCUUGGUACAUCGUGGACCACAGUGGCAAUACAGUGCAGCUUUCUGUUCACCAGGUAUCCUGGGUCGUUUUGAGAGCAAAUGAAGAAGAACAUGCAUAUUCUGCUCCGCGAGGGAUCUUAGACCCAACGGAACUGACGCUAGACAUUCAUCGACCGCUAGAACCAGGCACUCUCGUUUUCCGCACGACUUGCAGCCACUUUCGCAUUUCACGGCGAGGUGGUGAAGAACCAAAUGCAUAUGCUCACGGUCUCUUCGAUAUUCUCUCUAUUGCAUCUUUUCCUCCCAUUUGGGUUGGCACUGCCGUCCUGCCAUUAGAACCUGCUCCACCAUCUUCUCUCGACUUUAUCGUCCUUUCUCGCACUAGUUCGCGCAGCGUAUACGACGAAGAGAACCUUAUGGGUUACGAUGGAUGCUUGUUGCAUGUGAUGGCGGUAAGUCAGGAUGAGGGCUUGAUGGAACGUGUCGGGUUGGGCGUCAUUCACGAAGCCGCCUGGGUUGCAUCAAGGCCGGAGAAGAAGGUAGUGUUUCUCGGGUAAUGGCGUCCCUCGGUUGUUUAUGUACCAAAUUCACGUCCUUCGGAUUGUUGGAGAAUGCAGAUUUAGACAGAAAUUUUCGCGUCGGUCUGGAUGCAUUAGCUACUUCUGAAUCAUGAAUCGUAUCUCAGGCUAGACACUGGUGUAGACUUGAAGUACGAAACGUCGAGACAACGAUACAGAUUUCUUGGAAUUUGGUACGCAAGGUCAUUCCA